GGAGGGUGUCAGUGAUGUGGAGCAAAGAAGCUACUGUUACCGGGUUGAACGGGGGAAGAUUUUUCUGAAGCUACAAGUGUUGGACAUCUUUCAAAUUAUAUUCCACACAAUGAUGGAAAUGUCAUGUUUGCAGAAACGACCCAGGCUGAUAACGCUAGCUGCACAAGAGGAAAGCAGGAAGGAGACACUUAGGAACCUGGUGCACAAGGUCAGAAAAGACUGAUGUUUGAAUCGCCUCUCUGCUGCUGAAAGGAAACCGAAGGCGGGCGUAGUUAUGAGGAUGGCAUGGUUGAAGACAUCAUGAGCUGGAUGAUAAAGUGUAGUAAACACUGAGUCAGCAGAAGUGCCUUGAAGAUUGAGGAGUUUCAUGGUUGGCAUCCACAGUGUGCACGUACACAUGUAUUUCAGUCUGUGGAAUGCUGCAGGACACCUGUCAUUACAUUCAUGUUGCUGAACACAGCUCCACUCAUGGCAGCUCGCUGAGUCACACCACAGGACCGCAGUUGAUUUCACUACGCAAGCAGCUGAGAAAUGCUACAGGAUCUGGAUUCAUCUUCCAAAUCAGAAGCAAUGUACCAAUGGAUCUUAUCAGCAAUCUUUGAAAAAUAGUGUGUUUGGUCAAUUCCAACCAGACGUCUGGGAUUAUUCCAAUCUGCAGCAGUGAUCAACAUUUACAAGUGUGUUACAUACAUUCUAGUCGGGAUUACAGCCUUAUCACAUGACACUGUGCAUGCGGUUACGUCUGAGGUGGAGAAUCCACACAAACACACUGCUGCGUUCAGAGGCCGGCGGCCGCUGAUUUUCUUGAUUUAAGGUCAGAGUUUGGUUGAGGGCAGAGAUGUUCCUGAACACGGUGCUGGUGGUCCUGACGGACCUGACGGCCGGGCUCCUUGGUAACACCGUGUUCCGGCGGCACUUCCACCUGCUGCUGUCUGCGGUGGUGAUGUUCGGCCCUGCACUGAGCCUCUGGGUCUCCCAGCACAGUGUCUUUGCCAAGAGGAGCCACUUUCUCUACAGGGUGUUCCUGCGCUCGGGCUGGGGCUGGACCUGCAUCUUUGUGGGUUCCUUCGUCUUCCUCCUCUCCUUCUCCAUCCGUCGCUCCCUUGGCCUCUCCAUCCGUCACCUCUCCAGGCUCGGGGUGGCUGGUGGCCUGUGGAUCAUUUUCUGCAAACUCCUGAACCAUCUGGAGAACGCCACAGGAAGCUGCUAUGAACCUUUACUCAGCGGCCCAGAGGUGACCAGCGGCCAGCCUCUGUUGGUGUUAAGAGAGGGGGAGAGCAGGUUUGAGUGCCUCAGAGCUGGGCUGCUGUGGAGGGGAUAUGAGGUUUCAGAGGACGUCUUCCUCCUCUGUCUGUGCUGCCUGCUGCUGGCAGAGGAGACGUCCGUGUUCGGUCCUUAUCUGAGUUUGGGAGGGAUCUCAGAUGCUCCACUGAGGAUCCUCUUCCUCUUCUGUGUUCUCUUGCUGGGGCUCUGGAUCUUUCUGCUUCUCUGUCUCUUAGCUUACUUUCCCCAGUUCCCCACCCAGCUGCUGGGGGGCGCUCUAGGCUGUCUGAGCUGGAGGGGACUGUAUCAGGGUUGGUAUCGCCAGGGGCCCAGCUGGUACUGUCCCGGGAGGCCUGGACAGGGACUGCUCAACACCAAGACUGGGGGUACUGAAGCUGAGGACGCACAACUGAGCAAUGAUCACUGUGAUUAACUGAGAGAAAAUCAAAGAUCUUGAAACAGACUCAAAAAUCUGCACAAAGAUGAAUUAAACACAUAGAUAAGGGUGAUUGUUUGGAGACUGAAACCUGUACCUUUGUGUCUGUUAUCCUCAAAUAAUAAUCAUCAAAUGGACUGAGUGGACUUUCAAAAUUGUAUGCGCUUCUUUUUUUUCUUUCUACUAUAUGCCAUUUCAGCUAAUACAUGUUUUGUGACGUGAGUCAAUGAGUCAGUCGAUGAGAGCGGAGUGAAGGGUGUGAGGAAUGGAUGUCUCAUGUUACAUACCGCCCAGGACCUCAAGGUGUGGGCAUCUUACUUAUUUGUCCAUUUGCGUUCACCAUUGUCCCAAGACCCGCCGCUCCUCUGCUGAGUGUCUCUGAAAGUAAACAUGGGUCACAAGCAGACCCAGAGGGACUUACCGGUCGGCUGUGUGGGAUUUUAGGCUGCCAUCUUUGCACCUGGCCAGGAAACACAAGUGAAAAUUGUCCUCUUGGCUAACUCUGGCAUAUUUACAGUGUUGUUAUUGUAUGCACUGUCACCGAAAAAUAAACUUAAUAAAUACA